AUGGUGAACGUCCACGACUCGCAGACGUCUCGGCCGAUCCACGCGGCGGCUAUCCGACCGGCGCCGGCGAAUGCGACCCGGCGAGAAGACGCGUCGUCGUCGUCGUCGUUCGUGUGCGUCACCGCGUCUUGGGACGGCGUGGCCAAGGUGCACGCGGUGACUCGUGCACACGGCGGGCGGCCUGCGACGAUACGGACGGCGUCGACGUGCCGGGGGCACUCGACGGGGCUCUACGCGUGCGAGUUCUCGUCCCUCGCGUUUGGUGGACUCCUCGGAACCGUCUCCGGCGACGGCACGUGCCGACUCUGGCAGGAUCGCGACGGAAACCUGACGUACGAAUGCGUCGGGGUGCUGGAGGGCCAUCGCGACGAGGUCAACGGGCUCGCGUUCGCGCCCAACGCGCCGCUUUUGGCUACGGCGUCCGACGACGGCACGGCCGUCGUCUGGGAUUUAAACGGCGGGACGCUGACGGGUCACGGCGACGACGUGGUCGGCGUCUGCUUCCACCCGCGCGACUCGCGCGUGCUCGCCACGGGAUCCGACGACGGCACGGUUCGCGUCUGGGACACGCGGGGCACGUGCGACGGCGGCGUCGUGACGACGCUGACGCUGCACGGGAGCCGGGAGACGAAACGGAUCGCGUUUUCUCCAAACGGAGCGAUGCUCGCCGCGGGGGGCGCGGACGGGACGUGCGCGGUCGUGGACGCGUCCACGUGGGAGAGGAUCGCCACGCUGGCGGGCCACACGGACACGGUGUUCGACGUGGCGUGGUCGCCGGACGCCAAGUCGAUCGUGACCGCGUCGCACGACGCGUCCUGGCGCGUGUGGUCGGUGUAG